UGGUGUUGCUAUGGAACAGGUAUUGAAUCAUUCUCAAAGCUGGGGGACUCUAUUUAUUUUGAACAAGAUGGGAAGAAUCCAACUCUUUAUAUUAUCCAAUACAUAUCAAGCUCUUUUAAUUGGAAAUCAGGGGAUCUCAUGCUUAAUCAGACAGUGGUUCCUACCACUUCGAGAGAUCCUUAUCUUCGAGUCACAUUUACACUUUCUCCUACAAAGGGAUCAAGUUCUUCUUCAACACUGAACUUCCGGAUACCAACAUGGGCACGUUUGGAUGGUGCUAAAGCAAUGCUAAAUUCUGAGACCCUAUCUAUGUCAUCACCUGGAAACUUUCUUUCGGUCACGAGAAAGUGGAGUGCCAAUGACAAGCUAACUCUGCAAUUUCCCAUUACUCUUAGAACUGAACCUAUAAAAGAUGACAGGUUAAAAUAUGCUUCUGUCCAAGCAAUUCUUUAUGGUCCAUAUCUUCUUGCUGGCCACACCACUAGUGAUUGGAACAUUACAAUUAGGUCAAAUGCAUCUAUUGAUGAUUGGAUUACUCCAAUCCCUACUAAUUACAACAGUCAACUGGCAACUUUUUCUCAAGAUCUUUCUGGCUCAACUUUUGUUCUCACAAACUCAAAUCAAUCUCUUAAGAUGACAAAACUACCUAAACCUGGAACGGCAUUGACUACUCAUGCAACCUUUAGAAUUGUCCCAAGUGGGUCGCCCUCAAAAGGCUCUGCAACAGUUGGAGAUAUUAUUGGUAAAGCAGUGAUGUUGGAACCAUUUGAUCUCCCUGGAAUGUACUUGAAGCACCAAGCAACAGAAAAUAGUCAAGUUAUUGUGGGUCAUUCUUCCAAUAAUGGUGGGGCCUCAAGUGUUUUCAAUGUAGUAAAAGGACUGGAUGGACAAAGAGGAACUAUAUCCCUGGAAUCAAAAACCAGGAAGGGUUGCUUUGUGUCUAGUACUGGAUCUGGUGCAAGUGUGAAGCUUAAAUGCAAGUCUAAGUCUAAACCUCAUACUAAUAGUUUCAAAAGAGCUGCUAGCUUUAUAGCAAGAAAGGGACUAAGCCAGUAUAAUCCUAUCAGUUUUGUAGCCAAAGGGGCAAAGAGGAAUUAUGUUUUGGAGCCAUUGUACUGGUUUAGAGAUGAAACUUAUACAGUUUACUUCAACAUUCAUACCUCCUCCAAUUGAUUGCAGGAGGAAAUGGCACUGUCAUCUCUAGAUAACAAUCCCAUGGGGUAGUUUCUAUCUUCAAAUGAUGUAAUAAAGAAGGAGAUGAAGAAGAAGAGUGUGUAGUGGAUAAUGUAAGUGUUAAGUCCUUCCU